CUGACACGAUGACGUUUAUUUGUUAUGACAUCUGCUUGAAGUUUGUUUUAUAAAAAAUAUAGAUUAGUUUAAAAUAUUUAAAUAUUAUAUGGUAGGAAAUAUACAAGAACCACAAAAUGUUUCGUGUAUUGUUUUACCUCUUUCUUAUAUUUGCAAAUACAAUCAACGCAGGUGUCAUGCACAGUCAUACCAACGAGAUUCAUAAAGAAAGAGAAUCAGAUGGGGCUUACAGCCCCCGGAACCAUGGUCACUUUUCUGAAGAAGGUGAACACUACAAUGAAUUCGAUCAUGAAGCCAUUUUGGGAAGCCACAAGGAGGCUGAAAUGUACGACCAACUACCUCCAGAGGAGGCCAAAAGACGUUUAGCAAUACUUCUUAAAAAGAUGGACCUUAAUAAUGAUAGUCAGAUUGAAAGACAUGAGUUAAAAGCCUGGAUCAUUCGUUCGUUUAGUAUGCUUUCCGAGGAAGAGGCUAAAGAUAGAUUGGAAGAUGCUGAUGAAAAUAAUGAUGGACAAGUCACUUGGGAAGAAUAUUUGGCAGAUACUUAUGGGCUAGACAGUUCUGAAAAUAAUAUUGAUAUUGGUGGAGAAAAUGAACACCUUAUUGAAUCUGAUAGAGCAAUGUGGAAGGCAGCAGAUGUGAAUGGUGAUGGUAUUCUGGAUGAGAAUGAAUGGGCACCAUUUUCCCACCCAGAAGAAUAUCCCAGCAUGCUUCCACUUAUAUUAGAACAAACGCUGAAAGAAAAAGAUACAGAUGGAGACAAUGGCCUUAUUUUUCAAGAAUUUGUGGGAGAAAGGGGUACACAUAUGAGCAAAGAAGAUUUGCUGACUGAAAAGUCUAAAUUUGACGCUUUUGAUUCAAAUGGUGAUGGAAAGUUGACUGGCAAUGAGAUUUUGUCUUGGGUAGUACCUAGUAAUGACGAAAUUGCUGAUGAAGAAGUGGAUCACUUAUUUGCCUCUUCCGAUGACACUCAUGACGGUGUACUAAGCUUUUCAGAAAUACUAGCACACCAUGACAUUUUUGUAGGAAGUGAAGCUACAGAUUAUGGGGACCAUUUACAUAACAUUCACCAUUUUGAUGAUGAAUUAUGAUAAGGUUUUAUUAUUGAAAAUUACUUGUUUGAUUUUAAUUUGAUCAGCUCAUUCAGGUGAUUUAUAGGGUUACCAAUACACAAUCUUUUCCUAAGCACCUUCACUGAUUCUUUUCUGGAUUGUUACUACUUAUAUGGAGCUAAUUAUGCUAUUUGUUCUAAAAUUUUUAGAUACUACUUUCAAAAUUAAAAAUUGUUGUAUUUAUUGUUUAAAUUUUUGUUGUUUUUGUUUUAUUUUAACUCUUUUUGGAAGUUUGUUCUUCAGUUAUUGAUUUUUAAACCUUUUGUUAGGUUAUCAUUAAAUUUUGUCAGUAUUUUUCAAAUUGUAAAGACUAAAUAUGCAAAUUUUAGAUUUUUUUGUUGUAUUAUUAUGGCUACGACUUAUUAUUAAUUUAUAUAAUAUAUUUAUAUUUCUGGACCAAGACAUUAUUGCAGCAUUGUUUUAAAAUAUAUUUAAAAAUUAUUUAGGUACUGGUCUAUCACUGGCAGCAUACAUGUAAGUUCUCUCUAGAAUAUAGCCAUGACUUUGUUGUAAUUGCACUAACAAUGAUAUUUAUUACUGAUGGUUAUAAAUUUUCUCAAUAUGAAGGUCUAGCUCCUUCUGGCUUGAAGAUAUGAGCCUAUGCGUGCAACAAAGGUGAACUCGAAAAUCCCCCGUUUGAGAAAAACACAAUUUUCAAGUUAUCGAGUGAGGGCGAACUCGGAAAAUUUUAUUAUUUAAUUUAAUAAUUGAAGACAAUAAUUACGAUUAUGAAUUAAUGAACCACUGUGUCAUGUGAAGGAACUAACGUAGUGAGUAAACAUGAAAAGAAUGGCAAAAAGAAAAAAAUUCGCCCAAAGUCACCUUGUUGCACACAUAGCCUCAUAUAAUUAAUGUAUCAUUAGCAUAUUUGAAGUUGGCCAUGCAUUUUUCUCUUGCUCUCCAUUCUCCAAUCAUUUUAUACAUAAUAGGUUUGUUCCAACUCGAUACAAAACCGUUCUUGAAUCGUUACGCACAUGCGCAAUAACGAAUACUUCUGCGCCGUAACACAUUUUUCGUUACUGCGCAUACUCGUCAGCGCUCAGGAACGGUUUUGUAUCGAGUUGGAACAAACCUAAUAGGACACCAGCCAUGGUUAGUUUUGGUUUCUUUCUCAGAUUACAAACUCAAAGAGGCGUCUUUGAUCUAAAAUAAUAAACAUUUAUGUCGUUGGUAUCUUAUCUCACAAGACUGUUGUUUACUUAUUUGAGAGUUUGUGAAAAAGUUAAUUCUGUCUUGUUUAGUGUCAAUGCCUCACAUUAUAAAAAUCAGUAUUAUAUAUUUGGAAUUUUCUUUAUUUCUUUUAAUCACAGUUCUUACCCCCUUUUUCAACUGUUGUUCUGAUACAUGUUGUACUCAUACAUGAUUAUUUUGAUCAAAUUUUGAUAAUUAUUCUCAUAGUAGGUAGUAAGUCUGUUCAACUUUUUGUUAUGUAUGAAUGUAAUUGUAAUCUCAGUGAGCCCCAAAGAAUACACAAGUUAUAAUUUGACAAUGCUUUAUAUAUUAUUCGCUAAAGUUAUUAUUUAUUGAUUUGUACUUAUUCUAGGAGUAGUUUAUGUAUUUACUGUGCCAUACAUAGGUUAAUAUUGUAAUUUUAUGUAAAUAAAUAUUUCCCACAGA